UGGCUGAGCCAAUAAAAAGUCUUCAAUUGCAUCAUCCAAUGAUCCAGUUUUGAAUGAAAACGUAUAUAUCUCCAUUUGGCUUGGUUAAUAUCAUUACAUCUUACAAAGAUUACUGAGCUAACACAUCCUCUCUGCAAAGCUUUUGAUAUGAACAUUCUUCAGUACAUUCUACAUGCAUGUAGCAGCUACUCACACUCAAGCAAUUAAAAAAAUGUCUCUUGCGCUCUUUAUAUGAGAAGAAAAGUUCCACGGAAUAGCUUUUGUGUCACUGAGCUGCUGGUUCAUUCUCCUCUUGAUUAUUCCUUGACGGAUUUCAAGUUUUUCAUACAAGAUAUCAUAGCUUUCAUUACUUUACUUUUGCAGGUUUAUGUAAAAGAAAUAAAAAAAUUCGCUGUCAUCUUUGACAAUGAUUUUUUUUUUCGUCUUAAAGCAGGCAAAUAUGAAUUCGAGGCAUUCAAAACAGUACCCUGGUUGAUAAUUUAAGGUGGCACUGGUCACCGUAACCAGUUUUUAAAACUGACGUUUCAAGCGUUUGCCCUUCGUCAGCGAAUGACUCGCUCUUCGUAACGAAGAAGUGCCCGAGCGUGCCAACUUCAAGAGUGCUGAGAGCAUGCUGAUGCUGAGGCAGCUGAGGUGAGCAGGCCACAUCUUCCACAUGGACGACUUCAGGAUGCCUAAGGCUGUCUUCUGUGGUGAACUGAAGCAAGGCAAGCGAGAUCGAGGGGCUCCCAAGAAGCGCUUCAAGACCAGCUGAAGCAACAGCUAUCACUGACUGAAAUUGACUAUACCCAGUGGGAGCACAUAGCUGAGGACAGAGAGAGCACUAUGGAGAGGCACAAUCAAAGCGGCCACAGGACAGUUUAAAGACGAAAGAAAGCUGGCAGCUGACACGAAGCGCCAGAGAAGAAAGUAGGCAGUCGCUCAACCCCCAACAUCGGACCAAGCUUUCAUCUGCCCGGGCUGUGCCAGGUCCUACAGAUCCCGCAUUGGACUUCACAGUCACCCCAGAGUGUGUGAUCGCAAAAACCGGACAUCUUCCCAUUGAUCUUUAGACCGGACAUCUUCCCAUUGAUCUUUAGACUCGAAGAAACCGCCAUUCAUUCAUAUGACACGCGUCCUGCUUACAGCUAGGAUCGGCAUUGUCAAUAACGUGAUGUUCGAAAAUAGAAUAAGAAAGAUGGUUGAUUUUGAGCUCGGUAAAGAAAUAGGGAAAGAUUUUGUUCGUCUAAUUACGAAAGUGGGACAAAGAAAAAUUUCUGAAUCCUCGCGGGGAAUCGAGCUUCAGAUGCUCCGAUGCUCUACAACUGUUACGUAAUCAUACCCUCACGUAGGUUGCAGUUUAUAUUUACAUCUAAUAUGAUCCCUUGAAUCUCUCUCUUGGCUACAUGUUUGACACUGAAUGGCGACUUCGUUCUAUUAAACUUUGUGAACUUGACAACAACUAAGCGUCAGAGACUUUGUGGUGAGCAAGGCCCAUUACGAAGUUUAUAUAUUCAUAUACACAAUAUUGGAAGUCUGGUUAUAAAAGGCUUCUAAUAGUAACAUCACGUUUGUGGUGACCCGUGCCCCCCUAAUCACGAGGUGAAAAUAUCAAACUGCUCAACUUGAUUCUCUCACGAAACUCCAGAGUCAUUUGAUGGAAUAGCACAGAAAACUUCAAUUAAAAUGAAUCAAUCCAUGAUGAAAUUACAGAAUAUUACAUUGAAAUACAGUGCGAAUACUUCAAGUGACUCAACAGACGAUUGUGUCCUUCCACAAACGCAUGGCGUGGUUCUUAUGAUAGUUAACUCUGUAGCAGCUGUGGUAGGAACCUGUGGAAACAUUAUGGUCUGUAUUGCGGUGCUCACGAGCCCUCGUCUUCGUCGCAGCUCCAACUUUCUUCUACUCAGUCUGGCCAUUGCUGAUUUGGUAGUGACGAUGAUCUGCGAACCUUUGGUGGUUGGAAUUGUCGGCAAGAGAGCGUUUCUCCAUGACUGUGCAUCCAGCCUGGAGCUUGCCUACGUUGUUGGCUCCAACCUCUCGUGUGCUGCAUCGGUUAUGCACCUCGCAGCCAUCAGCGUGGACCGUUUUCUUGCCGUUGUCUACCCUCUCCGCCACGGACGGAUCAUGCAGAACUAUGGUUUGAAGAUCAUGUUGGGAGUUGUUUGGGGCGUAGCCAUUAUUUUCGCUUCAUGCCGCAUUCCCUUCCUCAAGGAAACAUCUUAUCUCGUCUUCGUUAUGUUUGUGGUAAGCUACGGCUUGAUCAUCAUCUGCUACGCGACCAUCGUGACUUUUCUGGUCAAAGAAAAGCGAAGAAAGAAUGAACUUAGAGCACGACCCAAGGUAGUUGUCAAUAUAAAAAUCGAGCGCCGCGUGGCGUUUACAUUGGCAAUGGUAAUAGCUAUCUUUACCGCAUGUUGGCUUCCGAUGAUUGUUGUGUUCUUUGCUGCUGGUAAGUCCCUUGUAAAGAUGUAUGGCACCGCUUACAUGUGGAUCCGAUCCUUGGCACUUUCAAAUUCAGCCAUGAAUUUCAUUAUCUACAGUGCAAGGAUUCGUGACUUUCGGGAUGCUUAUGCUGUGAUAUGCCGGAAGACUCUUCACUGCGCGUAAUAAUUCAGUCGUUGUAUAGAGUAUCAUGGCGGGGGAGAGAAACUAACUUUACAUCUAAUAGUCAAACGCCAACUUCAGGGUCAAGACAAGCUAAAACAUAAGAAAACUAGUGGCGCGGAAUAAAUCAAGAGGGUGCUAUGAAUAAUCGCUGUGAGACUAUUCAGCAAAUUUUGAGAUAAACAGACAAACAUACAACAGACAUUUAGGGCCUUGAGAGAUCUAGAGACACUGGUCUAAAAAUAUUUUCUUUACAACUCACCGACAAAAGAAAAUGAAACGAGGAGAAUAACAUAGAGUCUAUAUUGGAAAUCUAGAAACAUCGGUCAAUAUUUGAGGUCAAAAUUUACCGAAUUUGCUAAAGCGGAAGUAAAUCGAUAACGAAAGAUAAUCGCCGAUCUAGACUUGUAUGUCAGUAAGUGUGCGGGGUUUCAAGGUCAAUAUUUCACUAAAAUACUACAAGUGUUACAAAUUAUUUCGUGAUAUGUCGCUCAGAAUUUGAUUAGUAAUAUUUUUUAUAGUUAGCUGGAACUGUUUUGAAUAAUGUAGUGUAAUUUUAAAAGAGCUAUUUACUUUAAAGUAUGGCGCUCUAUAAAUGCAUUUUAAUUUAAAAUGAAUAAAAUAAAUAACAGAUUACUGAUC